AUGACGAUUACACCGGACAUCAGACUAGAGUAUUUGGAGGAAGUCGCCUCCAUCAUCCUGAAGUUCAAGCCAGACAAGUGGAGCAAACUCAUCGGAGCUGAGGAGAACAUGGCCUUAAUCUCAGAGUUCUGGGAAAAGCCGGAGGUCUCAGUUCUGGUGCUGACGCUCAACCCUGCCGGCAUGAUCAUACCCUGCCUGGGCUUCCCGGAAUCCCUCAAAUCCAAAGGGGUUUACUUUAUCAAGACGAAGCCUGAGGCCAUUAACAAGGACAACUACAAGACCCGCCUCCUCUACGGGGACAUAAGCCCCACACCGGUGGACCAGCUGAUUGCGGUCGUGGAGGAGGUCCUCUACUCUCUGUUAAACCAAAGUGAGAACAUGGACGGAUGGCCCCGGGUGGUCUCGGAAGACAUCGUGAAACAAGUGCACAGGCUGAAGAACGAGAUGUUCGUGAUGGGGGGCAAGAUCAAAGGGAAAACGCUGCUGCCCGUCCCGGAGCACCUGGGCAGCCUGGAUGGCACGCUGGAGUCCAUGGAGAGGAUCCCGUCUUCCCUGGACAACUCGCUCCUGCACGCCAUCGAAACCAUCAUCAUCAACUGGUCUCACCAAAUCCGGGACGUGCUGAGCAAAGACUCGGCCCAGGCCCUGCUGGACGGGCUGCACCCCCUACCCCGGGUCGAGUUUGAGUUCUGGGACGCGCGGCUGAUGAACCUCAAGUGCAUCCAUGAGCAGCUAAACAGACCCAAAGUGAAUAAAAUAGUGGAGAUCCUGGAAAAAGCCAAAAGCUGCUACUGGCCAGCCUUGCAAAAUGUCUAUAUGAAUGUCACUGAAGGGCUGAAGGAAGCCAGCGACAUUGUCCUGUACCUGAAGCCCCUGCGCAUCCUCUUGGAGGAGAUGGAGCAGGUCGACUUCACAUCGCUCCCGACCUUCAUUGCCAAGGUGCUGGACACUAUCUGCUUCAUCUGGGCCACCUCCGAGCACUACAACACGCCCUCCAGGAUCAUUGUCAUUCUGCAGGAGUUCUGCAACCAAGUCAUCGAGAUGAUACGAACCUUCCUGAGCCCAGAUGAUGUGCUGAAAGGCUUGCAAGGGGAAGUAGAGGAGGUCCUGAACAGCAUCACCCUGUCCGUGAACGUGCUCAAGGAGCUCUACUGCACGUACGAUUUCUGCUGCGCGAACAUGAAGCUUUUCUUUAAGGACAAAGAGCCUGUGCCUUGGGAAUUCCCGUCAUCUCUUGCAUUUUCCAGAAUGAAUUCCUUCUUCCACCGUGUCCAGACCAUUGAGCUCCUGUACAUGUGCGGGAGCCUCCUGGAGCGGCCUCUGAUUCUUGCCGAGGUGGUGCCCAGGUACUCCAUCAUGCUGGAGGUGUUUGAUACUGACCUGGACAAUGCCAAGAUCUUGUACGAUGCCCAGAUGGCGGCCUCUGCAGAGGGAAAUAUCCCCCCAAUCCACAAGAAUAUGCCCCCCGUGGCCGGGCAGCUCAAGUGGAGCCUGGAGCUGCAGGAGAGGCUGGAGGUGUCCAUGAAGCACCUAAAGCACAUCGAUCACCCGGUCAUGUCCAGCGUAGAGGCCAAGCUGACCUGCCAGAAAUACGACGAGAUAAUGGAGAUGCUGAGAAGUUACCGCGAGAAGAUCUACAAACAGUGGGUGGACAGAGUGGACCAAGACUGCCACUUCAACCUGGGGCAGCCGCUGAUCCAGCGGGACCCUGCCACCAACCUUAUCCAAGUUAACUUCAGCAAAGAGUUGGUGGCGGUUCUCAGAGAAGUCAAGUAUUUGAAUUUCCAGCAACAGAAGGAGAUUCCAGGCAGUGCAGAGAACCUGUUCUCAGACAACGAGACCUUCCGGAAGUUUGUGGGCAACUUGGAGCUCAUCGCCGGCUGGUAUAACGAGGUAAACAUGACUGUGAAAACGGUAGAAUUUCCACUAAUAAAGUCAGAAUUGGAAGCAAUCGAUGUCAGAUUAUUGCACGCUGAAACGACAUUGUUCUGGAACGGCGAAGGUGUGUUUCAGUACAUUCAAGAGAUGCGAGAAAUUCUACAUAACUUGCAGAACAGGAUGCAAAAAGCAAAGCAAAAUAUAGAAGGAAUUUCCCAGGCCAUGAAGGAUUGGUCGGCCAACCCGCUGUUUGAAAGAAAGGACAACAAGAAAGAGGCCCUGCUGGACCUGGAUGGAAGGACGGCCAAUCUCAACAAGCGCUACACGGCGGUCAGGGACGCCGGCCUGAAGAUCCAAGCCAUGGUCGCGGAAAAUGCAGAGCUGUUCAGAGCAGACACAUCGAGCCCGUCCUGGAAGGAUUAUGUCCACUACGUUGACAACAUGGUCUUGGAGGAAUUUGACCAUUUUAUUCACAAAUCUUUGAGUUACCUCAUAGACAACAUGGUUAUAGAUGAGAGCGUCGCGCCCCUGUUUGAGGUCCGCAUGGAGCUGGACGAGGAUGGGCUGGUCUUCAAUCCAUCCCUGGAGAUGGGCUCAGAGGCUGGCUUCCUGGCGCUGAUCGAGAGCCUGGUCAACGACAUCUACAAUGUGGCCAGGUUCAUCCCCAGACUGGCCAAGGGCCGAGUGAGCUACAAGACGGACCUGGAAGACAUCACAGACCUCAUAGAGAUGAGGGAGGAGGUGUCCAACCUGGUCAUUAAUGCCAUGAAGGAGGCCGAGGAAUAUCAGGACUCCUUUGAGAGGUACUCCUACCUCUGGAUGGAUGACCUCCAGGAGUUCAUGAGGAAUUUCCUGAUAUUUGGGCAUGCAGUCACCCCAGAGGAACUGGAUGCCCAGAUCGAUGAGACUGCCCCCAAGACACCACCCACCCUUGCUCAGUUCCAGCAGCAGAUCGACUCCUACGAGAAGCUGUACGAGGAAGUGUCCAAGUGUGAGAACACCAAGGUGUUCCACGGCUGGCUGCAGUGUGACUGCCGUCCCUUCAAGCAGGCCCUGCUCAACACCAUCAAGCGCUGGAGCUUCAUGUUCAAGAGGCACCUGAGCAACCACGUCAUCGAUAGCCUGGCUGACCUGGAGGCCUUCAUGAAAGUCGCCACGACGGGCUUAAAAAAGCCCCUCAAGGAGGGGGACUAUGAUGGCCUCGUGGAGGUGAUGGGGCACCUGAUGAAGGUCAAAGAGAGGCAAGCGGCCACCGACGACAUGUUCGAGCCCUUGAAGCAAACCAUCGAGCUGCUCAAGACCUACGGGGAGGAGAUGCCGGAGGAGAUUCACCUGAAGCUGCAGGAGCUGCCGGAGCAAUGGACGAACACCAAGAAGCUGGCCAUGCAGGUGAAGCAGAACGCGGCUCCCCUCCAGGCCAACGAGGUCAACAUCCUGCGGCGGAAGUGCCAGCAAUUCGAGCUCAAGCAGCAUGAAUUCAGGGAGAAGUUCAGACAAGAGGCGCCGUUUGCCUUCAGCGACCCCGACCCCUACAAGUCCCUGAAUAAGCAACAAAAGAGCAUUGCCACCAUGGAGGGCAUCAUGGAAGCGCUGUCCAAGUCUGGGAGCCUGUUUGAGGUCAUGGUCCCGGACUACAAGCAGCUCAAAGCCUGCCACAGGGAGGUGCGCCUGCUGAAGGAGCUCUGGGACAUGAUCAUCAUGGUAAACACCAGCAUCGAUGACUGGAAGACCACCAAGUGGAAAGACAUCAAUGUGGAGCAGAUGGACAUAGAUUGUAAGAAGUUUGCCAAAGACGUGAGGUCUUUGGAUAAGGAGAUGAAGACCUGGGAUGCUUUUGUGGGGCUCGACAACACUGUGAAAAACAUGAUCACGUCCCUGCGCGCCGUGAGCGAGCUGCAGAAUCCAGCCAUCCGGGCCCGCCACUGGCAGCAGCUCAUGCAGGCCACCCAGGUGAAAUUUGUGAUGUCAGAUGACACCACCCUGGCGGAUUUGCUCCAGCUGAACCUCCACGAUUACGAGGACGAGGUCCGCAAUAUUGUGGACAAGGCUGUGAAAGAGUCCGGGAUGGAGAAGGUGCUGAAAACCCUGGAUAGCACCUGGACCACGAUGGAGUUUGAGCACGAGCGGCACCUGCGCACGGGCACCAUGAUGCUCAAGUCGGACGAGGUGCUGGUGGAGACGCUGGAGGACAACCAGGUGCAGCUGCAGAACCUGAUGAUGUCCAAGUACCUGUCCCACUUCCUGAAGGAGGUGACAAGCUGGCAGCAGAAGCUGUCCAUGGCAGACUCGGUCAUCUCCAUCUGGUUUGAGGUCCAGAGAACCUGGAGCCACCUGGAGAGCAUCUUCAUUGGUUCUGAAGACAUUCGAGCCCAGCUCCCGGAGGACUCCAAGCGCUUUGACUCCAUCAACCAGGAAUUCAAGGCCUUGAUGGAAGAGGCGGUGAAAACACCCAACGUGGUGGAAGCCACCAACAAACCGGGUCUCUAUGAUAAACUCGAGGCUCUGAAGAAGAGCUUGGCCAUGUGCGAGAAAGCUCUGGCAGAGUAUCUAGAGACAAAGAGACUGGCUUUCCCAAGGUUCUACUUUGUGUCCUCGGCCGAUCUGCUGGACAUUCUCUCCAAUGGGAAUGACCCCGUGGAGGUGAGCCGCCACCUGUCCAAACUCUUCGACAGCCUGUGUAAAGUGAAGUUCCAACUCGACGCCAGCGGGAAGCCUCUCAAGUUCGGCCUGGGAAUGUACAGCAAGGAGGACGAGUACGUGGACUUUGAUCAAGAGUGUGACCUCUCAGGGCAGGUGGAAGUCUGGCUGAAUCGACUGUUGGACCGAAUGUGCGCCACCCUCCGACAUGAAAUUCCAGAAGCCGUGGUGACCUAUGAGGAAAAGCCGAGGGAGCAGUGGAUCUUUGAUUACCCCGCCCAGAUUGCGCUGACCUGCACUCAGAUCUGGUGGACCACCGAGGUGGGCCUGGCGUUCGCCAGGCUGGAGGAAGGAUACGAAAACGCUAUCAAGGAUUACAACAAAAAACAGAUCAGCCAGCUGAAUGCGCUCAUCACGCUGCUCAUCGGGAACCUCAGUGCUGGCGACAGGAUGAAGAUCAUGACCAUCUGCACCAUCGACGUGCACGCACGGGACGUGGUGGCCAAGAUGAUCACUGCCAAGGUGGAGAGCGCCCAGGCCUUCACCUGGCAGUCCCAGCUGCGGCACCGCUGGGACGAAGAGAAGAGGCACUGCUUUGCCAACAUCUGCGACGCCCAGAUCCAGUACUGCUACGAGUAUCUGGGCAACACGCCGCGGCUGGUCAUCACCCCGCUCACUGACCGAUGCUACAUCACCCUGACCCAGUCCCUCCAUCUGAUCAUGGGCGGAGCCCCCGCGGGCCCCGCCGGGACUGGCAAGACAGAGACGACCAAGGACCUGGGCAGAGCCCUGGGCACCAUGGUGUACGUCUUCAACUGUUCCGAGCAAAUGGACUACAAGUCCUGUGGAAACAUCUACAAGGGCCUGGCCCAGACCGGAGCCUGGGGCUGCUUUGACGAAUUUAAUCGAAUCUCAGUGGAAGUCUUGUCUGUGAUUGCUGUGCAGGUAAAGUGUGUCCAAGAUGCAAUUCGGGCCAAGAAGAAAACGUUUAACUUCCUUGGAGAGAUGAUAAGUCUCAUUCCCACUGUGGGCAUCUUCAUCACCAUGAAUCCUGGCUACGCUGGACGCACUGAGUUGCCCGAGAACUUGAAGGCCUUAUUCAGGUGUGUGGCUGCGGUGGCUUAG